AUGUCAACCUCCGCCGAUCUGGAGUUGCUGCCGCUAAAAGGCGCCUCCCACACCUACAGCUCUCUGAGAGAUCUGCUCCAGCCGCUCAAGGCAACCCGGCCCGGAUCCGACAUCUGCAUCCGAAACCGCCUUGUCAAACAAGCGGCGCGGGCCUACCUCCGCCCGAUGUCCGACUAUCCGAGCUCCGCCGGGGGAAACUUCUUCCACCGUCUUUGGAGUGGCGUCGUCGCCUUGAUUGACUUGUUCUGCACCAAGGUUGUUCGGAUCCUCGAUGGAGCUUUCCGGAUCAACAAUUUGAUUGGCGAUACUUGA